AUGGCAAUAUUGCAAGAGAGGUUGGAAAACGUCAAGAAACAGCAAGAAAGAUGUCAGGCCACACUUAUGAUCAGCAUCACAGAACAACAGAAUCCAAUCAACUUCUCAAAGGAUACAGAAAGGCUUCAACAGAUUAACAACAUAAGGAAAGGUCCGGUUGGGGCUCAGAUCAAAAGAGUGGUAGACUUGCUUUACGAGAGAAGACAAGCUCUGGAUCCAGAGGAAAUAAAUCGGGAUUGUUACGUUGAUUUGCAUGCAAAUAAGGCUGUGUUUGACAGUUUGAAGAAGAACCCAAAGUUGAAAUACGAUGGAUCUAGGUUUUCUUACAAGCCUAGCCAUAAUAUAAGAAAUAAGGAUCAACUUCUUGACUUGAUCCGCAAGUUCCAGGAUGGCGUUGGUGUAAUUGAUCUUAAGGAUUCAUACUCUAAUGUCAUGCAAGACUUGGAGUCACUCAAAGGCGCUGGUCAGAUAUGGAUACUUUACAAGUUUGAUUCAAAGGAGGAUUUCGUUGUCUACCCUAAUGAUCCGAGGGUUUCGAUUAGAGUUGACGAUGAUUUGAAACAAUUCUUUCGAGGGAUUGAAACGCCAAGUGACGUGAUCGAUAUGGAGAAGGAUCUUCAGAAGAAUGGGAUGAAACCUGCCACCAACACAGCCAAGAGAAGAGCCAUAGCGCAAGCUCUUCAUGGAAUAUCCAACAAGCCCAAGACUAAAAAGAAGAAGCUCGAAAUCAGCAAGAGGACCAAGCUUACGAAUUCUCAUCUUAUGCACCUCUUCCAGUAA